GGUCGUCUUCUACUAAAGUGGACAGCUUAUGAGGCCUUGUUGUAUAGUAAAUAUACCACCAAAAGUGACGUGUAAGUACAUCUCAUCGUUUCUCUUGGCGAUGAAUUCUCUCGCCUCUUCGCAGUUGGAGCUAUGGAGUUGUCCUUUACGAGAUUUUUACCAUAGGUAACUUCUUGUGGAAUUAAUUGACUCUUUGAUGAUGCUUUACUCAUAGAUUGUUUUGUUAAAUUAUUCAAAUUAUUUUAUGAAAUUAAUCAACACAAUCUAUCUAGAUGGACAAAAUGAAUUGAUCUUUUCUGCGGAAAUCUAUCCUUCGCCAAAUGAAACAGGAGGCACAGCGUCGAAUUUUACUCUCAAGUAAUUCUUUUUCAGGCAGUUUGCCUUAUCUACGAAUGGAUAGAAGAAAAAUUGCAAACUUACUCCAGCAGGGAUACAGAAUGCUCAAACCAAAACACGUGGAUGAUAAGUCGUAA